GAGUCCUGACUGGACGCCACGGCUUCAUUGUGGGAUUUGCCCCAUGGACCGGAUCAGCUUUGAAAUAGGAGCUGCUUCAAUGUGCAUCCCAGCUAGAUCCAGCUAGUAAGUUUCUAGAUGUUUCUAGUAACCUGCAACUGUGGCAUAAUCCAUUUGUAAACGAGUUUUGCCUUGCACCAAAAUACAGCAAGACGGAAAUAGAUAGAACAGAUACGUAUUUUUGUCCUUGCUGCCGUCAGCACACCCCACAACAGCGAGUUGCAGGAAAGCGUUGGACAUUGGUGAGCUACUGCCUCAGUUCUCAAAAGGUUAUGUUCUGUUGACAGUCCAAGCAUGCUGUGCCAAUGGUCUACUUGAGCAUGGCUGCACACUUGAACCUUUUGAAUCCACUUGAACCUAUCGUUUUGUGGUACGUAUAUACCAGAAUUGGAUUUGACAUGAGACAAGCGCUGAGAGAUGUAGCAGGAGAUUUCAGCUCAAAGCCCCAUGGUAAACCUUUGAAUCCAAGUGAUAUAAGAGAUGGCGUCAGAUCCAGGAGAUGAAGGUGAUGAAGGUGCCACCGAUGCAAUGGGCCGAAAGAUCUGGGACAAAGAUGUGUACUUGGAAAAAGCCAAACAAAACAUCAUGUUUGGACCAGAACGCAUCGGUCGCAGAAAGGAUCCAGUGAUUCCGCUUCCUUCCUCUCAGCGUACGUUCCUGAAGCGGCGCACUGCAGAAUUAGAGCUUGACAAGAACUUGGGCCAAAUGCGAACAGUCACAGCUCAUACCAUCAAACCGCUGCAGGGUGGCUAUUGGUGUAGUGUUUGUGAGUGCUUGAUCAAAGAUUCAGCAUCAUACCUGGAGCAUGUGAAUGGGCGCAGACACAAUCGGAACCUGGGCAUGAACAUGAAAGUUGAGAAGAUUGGUGUAGAUCGCAUCAAGGACAAACUCAAAUCCUUGAAAAAGGAAACAGAAGAGGUUGAGGUGGAGGAUAUCGCUGCCAAGAUCCAGGCACUGGAGGAGCAAGAGGAGGAGAAGAAGAAAAGAAAAAAAGAGAAAAAGAAAAGAAAACGAGGCGCUGCAGGACUUGAAGACGAAGAACGUGAAGAGCGUGAAGAGCGUGAGGGAGAAGAUCAAGAGGAUGAUGUGGAGAAGGAUGCUGGCGAUGGAGAUGAAGAUGAAGAGACCAAAAUGCUGAAAGCAAUGGGGCUUCCAACUGGUUUCGGCUGAGUGAGCACCAUUCCCAAACACACAGAUGUUAUUGAAAAGGUGAAGGUAUUUAUUUCACUUCCGUCAAAUUACGCAUUGGUGCAUUACAGUACAUACUCUGGUUGAAAGUCUCAGUGCAAACACUAAGCCGGUCAGACCUAAAGUCUCACUUUGUCGGAUUAAGCUGAAGAGUCUGGCAUUGGACAGGUGUGGCCCUGAGAUGUGCAAGGCUGACAUGGCGAGUG